AUAAUAACUUCUGUGUAUAUCUCUAAGUAAAAUAUUGUCCUUUAAGUUAAUAAUGCAAUGGAUAUGUAUAGUUUAUAAAAUGUUGUUUUGAAAUUGGAAAUAAAAUUGUAUUCUUUUAUAGCAAAUGUAUAUUUCAGUAUCAUACUAUAUCUUUGAAAAUGUUAUGUAUUGUGUUUUGAUGAGGGUUAUAUUAAACGUGAAUGAACCGUAUACCUAUCCAGUACGAGAAACACAGUUGCCAAUCUAAAGUGUUUAAAUGCGACGGCAAAUGUCUUUUCAAUUUCCACAUGGACAUCGGGCUUUUAUUUACGACUGGUAAUUUGACAGUCGUUUCAAAAUUUAUGAAAAUCUCCUGAAAUAUGGAAGAAAAACCUUUGAAAGGGCAGUUAACGGAAAAUACAGACGUGAACCAAGAUGAGUUGAUUCUUCAGCAACAAAGGCGAAUCGAAAAGGAGAUUUCUGAAUCUAUUGCUUUAGUUGGAGAAAAAGAGUCGAUAAAAAGCUUGGAACGUGAAUACACAGAAGAUGAUGUAUAUCUUUCAAAAGCUAAAGCAUUGGGACAAAAAUAUUCUUACAUUAGAAGAACUAGGCCAGAUGGAAAUUGUUUUUUUAGAGCCUUUAGUUAUGCUUAUCUUGAAAAAUUAAUUGGAAAUAAGGAUGAAUAUGAAAAAUUUCGUGAACUUGCAUUAAAAAGUAAAGACUGUUUAGUAGCAUUAGGUUUUCCUCAAUUCACAGUCGAAGACUUCCAUGAUACGUUUAUGGAAGUAAUUGAUAAAGUAGGAGGAGACGCAGAAUCAAGUUACAUUGAACUGCAUAAACUUUUUAACGAACAAGGUUAUUCUGAUUAUGUUGUUGUUUAUCUUAGAUUAAUUACAUCUGGUCAAUUACAACGCGAAGCUGAUUUUUACCAGCAUUUUAUUGAAGGAGAACGCACUAUUUCAGAAUUUUGUCACCAAGAAGUGGAACCAAUGUAUAAAGAAUCUGAUCACAUUCACAUUAUAGCAAUGAGUACUGCUUUAGGAACAGGGGUACGAGUUCGUUACAUGGAUCGAGGUGCAGGAACUGAAGUAACUGCACAUGAUUUUCCUGAAGGUGCCACUCCAUCGGUUCAUUUACUGUAUCGUCCUGGUCAUUAUGAUAUUCUUUACCCUUGAUAAAUCUCAUACUGUAAUACUUUGGAAAGUCUGUUUCAUGACAAAAAUCACUUAUUUAGCGCAUUUCAUCUUGUGUAUGUAGUAAAAAUUCAUAGAAUUAUGAUUUGGUCAAAUACAAUGUAAUGUUACAGUUAUAAAUAAUUAAUUUAAGUUUUACAAUACACAUUGUGAAAUCAUGAAGUUUUAUGUGAACGAGGAAAGGUAUUUACAUACAUAUUGAAUCUUCUAAAAAAGAUGCGGGUUUAAAUUUAUUUCUGACGAUUGCUUUUUAAUUCUACUUAUAAAUGUAAGUAUGCAAAAUAAACAAACGAUUCAACAAAAAGUACAAAAUAUUAUUCCUCGUGUUCCAACUAAAAAUUUAAAUACAUAUACUUGUAUUGAUAUUAAAUUUUC